GGCGGGGUAUCCUCACGGAGGUGCUGGCUUCCACGCUGGCACGGCUCGAACGGGAAACAUGCGCUCCCAACGGAUCAUGCGCAUGGCAGCAGGCAAGUGGGAGCCGAGCGGAGCCAAGUGGGCGCCGCCGCGUGCGGACCCGCAACCCCAAGUGUCGCACCCGGGUGCGCCCGCCCGAGUAUCGCAUCCGGGCGCGCCGCCCCACGUCUCGAACCCCGCGCAAGUGUCGAAUCCCGCGCACGUGUCCAGUGUCGAAUCCUGCCCAAGUGUCGUCGCCGGCCCAAGUGUCGUCUCCGACCCAAGUAUCACCUCCCGCGCAAGUGUCGUAUCCUGGCCAAGUGUCGUCUCCCGGUCAAGUUUCUCAGCCGGCGUCGCCGGCCGCGCCGACACCGCCGCCGCCGAUGGCUGGUGGGGGUGGGGGUGGGGGCGCGGGAGCCGGCGCCGGGUUCGCUGCGGCGUUUUCGAUGGUGGAGCAAGCGCUAGAGCUCUCCCCGCUCGACCACGCCGAGGCGAUGGGGUUGGAAACUUGGGAGGCCGCGGGAAGCAGCGGCACGAUCGCGGGGUUCAAGGGCAAGAAGGUCGACUGGGUGUCCCGCUGCACCAUCAACGAGGCUGACGGCAGCACUCGCGAGUGCCUGCGGGCGUGGGUCAUGCCGAUGUUUGACGUGCCUCACCUCUCCAUCACUCUCGGGAGCGGCCCUAACGGUCUCACGGCGGAGAUGGACCUGGUCGCCAAAGAUGACGUCAUGUACGCCAAGGCUUACCGCGAGCAGUACUACGGCGGGCCGACGACGGCAUGGUGGGAGGCGAUCAUGCAGAACCCGAACGUGGUCCCGGCUAAGGUGUCGAUGGACUUGAAGGAACGCUCCCUGGCCUCGCCGGUGCACUUUAGCGUUACCAUGCCGGACACUGCGGAGAACGCCGCCGUGCUUGGGAACGCCGCGCAGGAGAUCGCCGCUAUCUGGCUGGGCUUCCUCGACGACGCCACGGAGAUCGCCCGCGUCCGAAGGGGCACCAUGCUUAGCCGGGACAGCGAAGUGCGCCGCACCUGGUGGGCGGUGACGGGCAACGACAAGGCCCUCGGCGACCGCGGGCAGGAGAUUGCGGCGGGAAUGGCCGGCCCGGGUGACAUGGGGUACACCGGGCAAGCGAGCUAAUGGGCGAGACCGCAGCAGGGUCUCCCAUUGUGCGGCGUGCUUGUGGAGGAGCGGGAACGGGAGAGACCAGCACAGCGUUUUGGUCACGACUAGGAGAGAGCAGCAGCAGUGCUGCGUGUAUCAUAAUUAGCCAGGGGAAAAGAAGACAAACGGGCCAGAACGGUGGUAAAGAGCCUGCUUUGGAACGCCUUUCUGGCGCGUCCUGUCGAAACGGUUUUCUGAGUCAGGCCCCCGCACAUGCUCUACUUUCCCCGACGAAUGUAGUGGUGUUCGCUAGGAGGUGUGCAAAGUGCGUCUUCGCUCAAUGACUGCUGCAGGGUGAGGGCAUUUGUCGGGGUAGUCGAGAGGACCCCCCUUGUUUUGAGUUUGGUUUGAAGCGUGGUCAUGUGCAGUCGUUUGGAAACAUCAGCAACUCGGAGCGGGCUAGGGAGGUCCACACACUGCUGUGGGAUCCUCGCGACGUUCGUUUCCUGCGGGACGUGGAACGCAAGCCCCAACUGCAUAGUUGAGGAGUUUUUUCCACUUUAUGAUGUACCUAUACAUGCGGUCAAACACCCGCAACCAUUACCAUUUAGAGGGAGGGGUGAUACGCGCAUGCUCCGCUCUGGUGUGGAAAAUCCACCAACAGGUGGAAACGGUUCUUCUGCAAUUUUCCGGCAACAACCGCACGUCUUGCAGGCCUUGUUCAAAAGAUAAGAGGGGUGAUGCUUGCAGGUUCCGCUCUGGGGCGGAAAACCCGCCAAGACGCAGAACAAACGGUUAUGCAAUUCUCGUGCCUACACCAUCAUCUUUGCUUGAAAACCAUUGGCCCCCUCUUUGUGUAGAGGUACCAGGGUGGCGAGGAGGCGGGGGGGUGUACUCAUGGUCGUAAGUGCCGUAGUCGUAAGACCAUGACCUGGC